AUGGAAUUUUCUUCUACAACUGCGACGCAUUUGAUAUUUUUCUUAUCGAAUGGAUUGUUUAUGUUUACUACAAAUGCUGUCAACUAUUAUGAUGAAAGGAAAAACGCUGUAUUUAAUCAUACAAACUCAGAGCUAACUUGGAACAAUCCCGGUGAAAUAAUCAACGAGUCUUGUCCAGAUCAGUGCUUGUGUUUUACUUAUAAAAUGGCAUGCCGUUGUUAUCCUAAUUGGCCGCAUGUGCCAUCUAAUACCAAAAGGUUAAGCUUAACUGGCAUUGAAAGAGUAACUAUAAUUUGCGCCGCGGUCGAUAAUUUAAAUCAACUAGAAUAUUUGAGACUCGACAGCUUUCAAGGCAUAGACACGUGCGAGAAGUAUUUUCAUGCACAGAGUUUUUCAUUGCGAUAUCUUAUAAUACAAGACAAUAUCAUUGCAGAACUGCCGGUGAAUUUGUUCGCAAACCUACGCAACUUAGCCUAUUUGGAGCUUCGUUUGAAUCGUCUAACACUCUUGCAGGAUGGUGUCUUCGCUGGUUUGACAAACUUAAAGGAAUUAGUAAUCUACGAAUGGUACAUUCACAAUGUUUCUGAUAAUUCUUUUGCUGGACUUAAGCUGCUAACAGAUUUAAAAUACAGUUAUGAAUUACUGAACAGACCAUUAAAGAAAAAUUCUCCAGGAAUCAUUUCGCUAACAGAUUUUACAACAGGAUCUUUAGAUAUCAACCCGGUAUCUUCAUUAGGAUGUUAUCCUGACAAGGCAUUUGCAUUGUUAACUAGCCUACAGAAUUUACGUUUAUAUGGAACGGACUGUAAACUGGGCCCUGGAUUCAAAGAGUCUGACAAAUUUUUGAGACUUCAUGAAAGAAAAUAUAAUGAGUCUAAAGGUAUUGGAUUACAUCGCUUAGAAUUUUUGGAUUUGUCUUACAACCGAAUGAUCCCAAGGACUUUUCAAGGCCUGUACAGACUCAAAACUUUGAACAUAUCUCACAUUGAAGGCACCAUCUAUUUAAGAAAGAAAUUUAAUUUUCUUAUGUCAAAUCUUCUGCGCCUCGAAGAACUUCGGAUGUCUAACUUAAAUUUUGACCAAAUUCACAAAAACUACACAUUUCCAAAGAGCGUGAAAAAAAUUGAUUUGAGCUACAAUCAGAUUAGAUCAUUUCAUUCGUCAACUUUAACUCAUCUCAAUUUGACUUACUUAAAUCUGUCACACAAUCAGCUGAAUGGCUUCACACAAGAAAUGGCAAAUGAGUUGCAAAGAUUAAAGUCACACAACCCUGAGUUUUUGGUAGAUUUGCAGGGUAACGUGUUUGCAUUUGAAUGCGCCAAUCUUCCAAUCCUGUAUCUGUUAGCUGAAAGCCCGGAAAUUUUCUAUGAAAAAGAAAACAUUUUCUUUGCAACAGAAACAAGUGUAAAGUUCAACUACACUCAGAUGAUUGAGAAAUUGCAAGGGUUCUCAAAAAUGUGUCAGAUAAAAGAAAAUUUCAGCUACGUGCUGUCAGUGUUUUUCACCCAUCUCCUGUGUUUGCUUGUUCUGGUCGUGUUUUUCCAUUACCGCUGGAAGCUGAGAUACCUCUACUUUAUUGGUCAACGACGGCUGCACAUCGGUGGACGUGUGGUCAACUACAACCCACAGGUUGAUGUAUUCGUCACGUACGAUGAGGGAGAACCAAGAGUAAGAAGACUUUUAAAAGAUGUUAUCCUACCAUUCUUGCGAGAGAAGAACAUCUCUUAUAUUUUAGGAGAAGUGGACUUUCCAGGUGGGGACAUGGUGUCACACAUCAGUGGAGCUAUAACUGGCACAAGAAAAACGCUGGUCUUGUUGUCUGAAGAUCUUUUCUUGGAUCACUACCGAGAGUAUGAGAUGAACCUGGCCAUCAUACGAGAGUUCAAUGUACAAGGUCAGGUUAUCGUUCCUGUCUUUGUUGAGAGGGUGGACUUGAAUACAUACCCACCUGAAGUAGAAACUUAUUUAAGGAAUCAGCUGUACAGGUGUCUGGUCUACAGAAAUAACCAAACUUUCUGGACACUUCUGUUACCUGCCAUAAAAAAUGACAAGUAG